AAAGAGUUGGCCGAGCAGUUCGAAGCACGAGUCAAAGAGUUACAGACACAAAUUGAAGUCUCAUACUCGAAACAGAAACGCAAGAAGGAGUUGCAGAUUGAGGUAGAGGAAUUGAGAAAGAAAUUAGCUGAAGUUGAUGCUGUUAAAGAAGAGUUACAGGAAGACGGCUUUUCUGAUUUUUUGCAGGGUUCAGACAUGAUUUUUUGGUAUGCAUGUAGACAAUUCGGAAGGGUUUGA